AUGUGCUCGACUACUCAAUCCGACAAUGGGCUAUGGCAGGGACUACCAGCGGUCGCCCUCUCCAUGAACGAUGCUUCUACCGACGCACUUUUCUACUCCAUGCUUGCAAUUUCAGGGCAUCAUCGCUGGGGCCCCGGCGCCGCGGAUCCCUUCAAGGCAAAAGCAGUACAAGCACUCACCCGCUCACUCAUCCACACAAAUAGCCAUUCUCAAGAAAGUACGCCAUCGCAAUUAGCCGCAGUCAUGAUGCUGUGCAUGCAUAGUGUUUUUGACGCUGACGAGGGCAACUUUUAUAUUCACUUGGAAGGAGCCAGACGUGUCUUCAAGAAUCUAAGACUAGACUACAGGCAAGACAAGAUUACAGAUUUUCUCACUGUAUGGCUCAUGUACUAUGACGUACUCAGCGGUUUUGUCCGCCCGCUACGACAGGCCCAGGAUGUAUAUGAUGAUAUCUCAUUUGAUCGAAUCAUUUCGCGGAAUGACUCAUCAAUUAUUCUAGGGCUUCUGGGCUGCUCGCCUGACGUCUUCAAUGCUAUCCGCCAUAUUGAUAUCCUUCGCCCGAAUAUCUUGCCACAAACCGACGUACCAGUACCUACUGAUACGAUUGAACAUCGGUCUUCAUUAGAAGCACAACUUCUAUCUGCUGAGCAGCACCUCAGUCGCGAUGAAUCGACUUGCUUAGUUCACCAAAACAGUACGGAAGCUCUGGCCAAGGCGGAACUGUAUCGGUUGGCCGCUCUACUUUACUUGCAACGUGUAGUGCCGACAGAUGGAGAUGAAGAUCGUAGAGAAGCAUACGUGCAGCAGGCACUUUCAAUCAUGUCAGGACUCACGGUGGCAUCGAGCCCCUGGCCCUGUUUUAUUGUAGCUUGCGAAGUGACUUUGGAAGAGCAGCGGUUACAAAUCCUUGAGGUUCUUUAUAAGAUGGAUGCGGUACGAAAGAUUGGAAAUAUGCAUGUGACACGUACCAUCGUUGAGACUAUUUGGAAGCAACAGGACCUUCGAGCUGGGGAUGAACAGAAUGUGUAG